CCCCCCGUCAGCGCAGAACAGCCAUACGAGCGUGGGAAUUGUACUUUCUCGGAGAGCGUCCGUGUGUUAUAGUGCACCUCCGGGACAGAUGGCGAUAGAGGACUGUUUGUACUGGGGUAUUUGUAGAGGCCUUCACUGUCAGCGAAAGCCUCGUUGUUUGUUUUAAGACACGAAUUUGAGAUCAGCCAGCGAGAAAUGUUUGGCAGAUGUGGACCAUGAUAACUUGCAAUGAUAUUUCUAUCCUCAGUCUUCAGAAACCCCUCUCUCCAUGACCGACUGUCUCCUCUCACCCUUCCUUCCCUUUAUAAGAUUAGUUGAUUCCAGAGCUCACAAAAUAAACUAUCCAACCAUAAUCUGUGCUUCACUCUUAAGAGCUUUAAGCCCCGCCUCUUCAGGUGAAGACUCAAGACAGAGCCUGUGAUGGACAGCACAGAUGACACAGGGCUGGAGUUCAGAUCCACUCUGAUUAAAAGUGAAGACAUAGAGGAGGGUAUAGAGAGAAAGAAUGUAUAUGGGAUGAGCAGGGAGGAAGAACUCAUUCUCUCCAACAUAAAGGAAGAGGAGGAGGAAGGUUGGCAGAGGCAGAGUGGGGAGGUGAAGAGGGAGGCUGGUGUGAAAGAUGAAGAGGGGGAUGAAAUGGAACAAACCUCUAAAACUGGCAGAGGGCUGACAAAAAGGACAUCAAACUGCAAGCAACAGGAAGAGGAGGGCUCAUCAUGUUUGGUCACUUCCUGUCUGCUCAAGCAGCCUAGAAUGCCCUCCCUUGGAUCUCCCAUUAUCUCCUUCAGUAAAGGAGAGUCUGAGGUGUUUGCCUGCUCCCAGUGCCCAUUCAUUCACAUGGAAGAAGCGAAGCUUCACCAGCACAUUGAGAAGGUUCACCCAGAGGAGCACAGCAGGAUUCUGAGGUCUGGAGGAAAUGGAGCAGAGGACCCACUGCCUCCCAGCAGCACACAUGAGCACCCCACACCCCCUAAAACACUCCCCACCCCGACACAGUCCCACACAGGCACUCCAGGGGCCCACACCUGCUCCCACUGUGGGAAGAGCUUCAGAUCUAAAUCACGUCUGACGACACACGAGCGGAUUCAUACAGGAGAGCGCCCGUACCACUGCUCCCAGUGUGGGAAGGGUUUCAGAUCUGUAUCGCACGUGAGAGUUCAUGAGCGAAUUCAUACACCAGAACUCCCGUACAACUGCUCUCAGUGUGGGAAGAGCUUCAGGUUCAAAUCGCGCUUGACGGUACACCAGCAUAUCCACACAGGAGAGUGCCCGUACCACUGCUCCACGUGUGAGAAGAGUUUCGAAACAAAGUCACGUCUGACCACGCACGAGCGAACCCAUUCAUUGGUGGAGAACCCAUACCACUGCCCUCAGUGUAGCAAGAGCUUCAGGUUUUUAUCACACCUGAGAGAACAUGUGAGGAUCCACACCGGAGAGCGCCCGUACCGCUGCUCUGAGUGUGGGAAGACCUUCACCCACUCCAAUGCUUUUAACAGACACAAGCGGAUUCAUACAGGGGAGCGCCCCUACCACUGCUCCCAGUGUGGGGAGAGCUUCACUCAUUCAGGGAGUCUGACAGAGCACAUGCGUCGUCAUACGGGAGAGCGACCAUUCCACUGCUCCCUGUGUGGACAAACCUUUAGUCAUUCCAGCAGUCUGAAGUCACACGAGCGUCGUCAUACGGGAGAGCGCCCGUACCACUGCACCCAGUGUGAACAGACCUUCAAUCAUGCCAGCAGUCUGAAGUCACACCAGCGUCGCCAUACGGGAGAGCGCCCAUACCAGUGCACCCAGUGUGAGAAGAGCUUCAGGUUUGCAUCGGACCUGACAGUACACCAGCGAAUUCAUACAGGAGAGCGUCCGUACCAGUGCUCCCAGUGUGGGGAGACCUUCAGCCAUUCCAGCAGUCUGUCAUCACACCAGCGUCGUCAUACAGGAGAGCGCCCGUACCACUGCUCCAAAUGCGAGAAGACCUUCAGAUUUGCGUCAAACCUAACAGCUCACCAGCACAUUCAUACAGGGGAGCACCCAUAACUCUGUGCCCAGUGUGGGAAGAGCUUCACAUGUAAAUCAAACAUGAAUGUACACCAGAACACCCUUACAGGAGAGUGCAUUGUGUUAACAGAGCUUCACUGAAUAAAGUAGUCAGACGUCACACUGACAAAUUCCAAAAGUGGAGAGCGUGUAUGUGGAUUUAAAAACAUUUCAGAACUUCUGGUCCAUCCCCAGAAAACUCUGGAGAGACUAAUGUGAGAUUCUGACUUAGUGCUGUCAUCAGCGUUCCCAUUGUUUGAGUUAAGGUUGAAUCUGGUCUUUUUUUAAUUACAUUUUUAGUAUUCAGUGAAAAAGGAAAAGUAUUAAGUACAAAGAUGUUAAGUACGCUUGGAGACAAAUGAACUUGGUCCUUGACUCUUUUUUACAAAGUCUGACUCUAAAGCACUUUGAUAUCCAUGAAAGGAACUUCACAAAUGUUAUUUAUUUUGUUGACCACUGUGAAUUUGGUGGGAUUAGACACAUGCACAUCUGUCAUUCACUAUUUGUACAAUGGUGUUCAUUUUUCUGGGGACUGAAGUAAUUUCAGUAUGAAAGUUUAGUGACUAAAGAUGGGGAGGAAGAAAACUUCUGUGGCUCACAAGAGCAUGAAAUAUUCAGUUGGUGUCAGUUGUCCAUUUGAAUAAAAUGCUGUAAUGGUU